AUGCUGGGCUUUGCCCUGGGCAUCAUCGGCUUCUUGGGAACCAUCAUUGUAUGUGCUCUGCCGAUGUGGAAGGUGACUGCUUUCAUUGGGACCAACAUUGUGACGGCGCAGGUGAUCUGGGAAGGCCUUUGGAUGAACUGUGUGACCCAGAGCACUGGGCAGAUGCAGUGUAAGAUCUACGACUCUCUGCUGGAGCUGCCCCAGGACCUGCAGGCUGCUCGAGCUCUCAUAGUCAUCUCCAUCAUUGUCUCUGCUAUGGCAGUCUUGCUGGGUGUCGCUGGAGGAAAGUGCACCAACUUUGUGGAGGACCCCAACGCCAAAUCACGAGUGGCCAUUGCUGCUGGUGUCAUGUUCAUCUGUGCUGGAGUGCUGAUCCUGAUCCCCGUCUGCUGGUCUGCAAACACCAUCAUCCGUGACUUCUACAACCCCAUCAUGAUCAACGCUCAGAGGAGGGAGCUGGGGGCAGCGCUGUACAUCGGCUGGGGCACUGCUGCUCUGCUGCUGCUGGGAGGGGCUCUUCUCUGCAGCUCCUGCCCUCCCAAAGAAGGCCCAGAAUAUCCAGUUAAGUACUCUGGAGCUAGGUCUACAGACAGCCGGGCUUACGUUUAA